GCCGAGCAUCGAGUCUCGCCACCCUGGAAUGUAUUCUCCAGAAAAGAGGCUCAGCGUAGAUGUGUGCGGCUAUACUUCUCAACCCCGUCGCCGCCGUCCGGUGGGCGAUAGCAGAGAGCAGUUCAUCGUGGGGUGCUCGACGGAACUCAGUUAUUGUGCGACGUCGGGCCGCACGUGCGUUGCAUGUGCUGCUUUCUGAAUCGCGACUGCAUACAGGAAGUGCGCAUGUAGUUGGAAUUGCUAACUACGAAGCGAAUUGCCGUGUGCGAUGGUCGGGAUUACCUCUGCUAUGCUGUGCUGUGCUAUGCUGUGCUGUGCUAUGCUGUGCUGUGCUAUGCUGUGCUGUGCCGUGGGAUGAAACUUGCUCGUCGAGCAGGCGAGGCGAGGCGGGUCAAAAUUUGCGAGGCCACAGAGACAAUAACUAUGUAGAGCACCGGUCGACACACUGGCACCGGUCGACACACUGUGCGGCAGUUUGGGUCGGAAGCUACGAGGACAAAGGCGAGCCUACCAGGUACUAGUUCUUUCGAGAAUGGAGUUAUGGCUGGUGGUUAGUCAUAUACGAUCCUUAGCUGUUAGCUGGCAAACAUGUUAGUUUGUCACGUUUCCCCAAAGAACUCGCUUUGAGAUUCACUAGUCCUUGGGAUGACUUGUGAGCUUUAGUUUCGCGGACCCUUUACUGUUUUGCGGUCUAACUCUUUACCUCUCUCUCUCUUUCACACAGGGAGCGAUGGCGAAGAGUACGCAGGGCUCAGGAACGCGCAGCGUCACGCUUCCUUCUUCUGUCAGUGGAGUAAGGGAGGGGAACGGUGAUGGAGGAGCGAUGUCGGAGAGCACGCAGAGCGCACGGAUUCCUUCUUCUGUCAGCGGAGUAAGUUCGCGUGUUCUCGUCCGUCCUUCAAGCCGACUUCCGUUGUCAAUCAGUCUGUGGACGGUGCCGUGCGUGGUGGUUGGUGGAUACGUUUUUUUUUCGUUUUUUAACUUUUGUUUUAUGCCCGUGUCUUCUUUCUUUUUUCCUGUUUCGACCGUAGAGUGUGAAAUCGCCCCAUAUCCCUUUGCAUAUUUUGCUCGACUGGGAAUCAAUCAUCUGUUGCGUGAUUCUCUGAGCUCUCCUUCCGCUCCUCCAUUUCCUGUUCGCUUUCAAGUGACUAACUUUUGGAGCGCUUGUGGCUGUCGUUUGUACGACUUGCCAUUCGGCUGAAAGUUAUGACCUUCGGCGAAAUUCAGGGCAGAAAAUGGGGUGACGUGUCCCUCGUAUACUUAAGGAAGUUGUGAAGGUGCCGCAGAAAGAUGCGGUUGAGCGGUUUUAGCACUCUUCGGAACUUUCUUUCGGCGGCUGUUUUGAGCGCUGACGUGGCUCUAAGAUGAGAGGAGAAUCCGUUCGUAAGCUGAUGAGUGUUUACCGUGUAGUGAGGAGGGAAGACGUUCUCCAUUGCUAGUGCAAUUGGACUUCGCUGAUUAAUGGAAUGUGCCGUUAGCUUAUGGGAGCUCUUUUCUUCUUUAAUCGAUGCCAACCACCGUGUAUAUCUGCUUUCCCUACUUCGUCGGUAGUUGUGUUGGUUGCCCACUCAGUCGUCGUACUGUCGUUCUUCUGUUCUCACGACGGCGGCGAGCGCAAAAUCGCCCACCGCAGCUAAGCGAGUCCGAAGCCAGUUGGAUUAUCUCGAUCCAGUUUGAGAGUGACAGAUCGCUCGUCGCGCUGCCCUAAUGGCUGAGGACUCCGGGAAGGUUAUUUUUAGCUUGACGGUAGACGAACGGCUCUGGACUCUGACAAUUCUAUUUUUAGACUGCCGGUAGCGGGGCGUCCUUGGCCGACAUUUUGCAUCGGGAGGCCGCGCCCCAGGGGUUCUACAGAGGACGACCCUCCUCUUCAAACCUUGUCCUUCCUUUCGCUUGUAGUCGGACAAAGGUGGUGUACACACCUCUUCCUCUGUGAUCCCGUGUGGCCGUUUUUGACCGUGAUGGCGCUUACGUGCUAGGUUACUUUCCCUCUCGACGGAAUUAAGGUAUGGACGAGUUUUAACAAAUCAAGGAUAAGAGAUGAGGGAAAUCCACGUGGUGUUGUUGCGGGUCUCUUUUCUCGUGGUGGCAUCCCUCUUUUGCCUGUUCCAUGAAGUAUGCGAUCAAUUUUGUCUGCGCCAUCAGUUGUCUUCUUGACGUCAGCCAUGAUGGAUAUUUAUCUCCACGCAGAUCGGUUCUCUUUUAGGUGUGUCGUUUUUGGUAUUCUUCCCUCAGUUGUCUUGUUGACGUCAGCCUUGGGGAGGUUUUGAUCCGAGCGUGGAGGGAAUUCGCAGAACCUCACGUUUCUUGUUCAAUCAUGCUGAAGACCCCUGAGGGAUUUGUUUUGUUCAAUGCUGAAGACGCCUCAAGGAGGAGUUGUUCACAUCAGGAAAGAAGAGAAUAAGUGCGUCCGGAGAGAGAGAGAGAGGAGGACUAUCAAAUACUCCAGGUUGCGAUCUCUGGUGUGCGAAGGGGUCAAGGGUCCCAGCGAGGGCACUGAUGCAAAAUGAGGAGAGACGGUAAUGUGAGAGAAUUAAUGGCAGCAAGUGCAUCUAAGACGGUGUGAAAAUCUCAAUAAAACAGACAAGACUGUGGGGAUGGCUGUGGGUAUAACUGCGACAGAAGGGAGGCCACUGAUGGACGAGAGAGCCCUGUGAAGCUUGGAACUUUGUUCCUGAGCCAUCAUGAAGAUAGUCUGCAAUUGCAAGAGAAGCUGAAGUCUGUUGUUUGAGAAAAGCUCAGGGUUAAAAUUGGAAAUUAACCCCGUUCUGUACGUGGACUGAGGAGAAGGAUCGUUCUCCGCGAUCCUUGACAGAGAGAGAGAGAGAACACGGUUGCCAGCAUGCCUAAUAAUAACAUCCGACAUGGAAGAGAGAGAGAGAGAGAGAGAGAGAGAGAGAGAGAGAGAGAGAGAGAGAGAGAGAGAGAGAGAGAGAGAGAGAGAGAGAGAGAGAGAGAGAGNGAGAGAGAGAGAGAGAGAGAGAGAGAGAGAGAGAGAGAGAGAGAGAGAGAGAGAGAGAGAGAGAGAACGGUUGCCAGCAUGCCAAGUAAUAACAUCCAGCAUGGAAGAUCAGACAUGCAGGAGUAGUGUACAGACAUGUUGUUGCUGGACAGUUCGGUGGCCUCCUGCGAAUGUCGAACCUUGGGAUAAUUUCUGGUUUUCAGGGGGUGACCAGAGUUUAAGUGGGAUAACUCUGGGUUAUAUUCUCUUUUCCUUUCGAGGACUUAUUCUGUUAUAAGCUAAGAUGAUAAGAUGAAGCCCUUCUGUGUGCCUUUAUCGUCCGUCUGAAAGGGAUCAAUCACUUCCGCCCCUUUCCCAUUUCCAACCCCAGCUUCAAUAGUUUUCAAUGUCACUUGUCUUCUCCCUCUGGCAAUUUCUGGCAAUUGCUUUUCACUAAGACAACAGCCUUUCUUCCUCCUUUCCUUUGGCACUUGAAGCCAGAUGGCACGUUUCUAUUUUGGGGGUGCACCUGACCUUGGGGAUCCUUAGGCAGACCUCAUCUCUGUUCCAUUCUGCUCUGUCUGCUGUCAUUCUCGAGCGCGUGGGAUCUGUUGUCCAUUUCUGUUACUGCGACGGUUGCUUUCUUUUUGUUCUUUUCUUUUUUUUCUUUUAAAUGAAAAAUUCAACUGAACAGCUGCAGACUAAGGGCAUAUUCACACUGUGACUUUUUUCCUACUUAUUUAUGGACGCAAUUGAUGUCAGAUGCCUCCACGUCCGGCGCAUAAAUGCCUGCGGUCAGAUACAUCUGAGAUACAGCUAGUGUGAGUACGCCCUAAGGACAGUAUGGCAAGGCCAAUGCUGUGCUUCUGUUUAUUUUGUGUAAUUUACUUUCAAGUGUUCCCUGCCUAUUACCGAAACCCCGUUGCCUUCCUGGUCACGUACCAUCCCGACACCAUCUUUAGCAAGGGAAAAGAAAAAGAUAGUUUUCUGCGAUGACCGGGAUGUUGGAGGUGAGGUUUAUUAUGACGUCGGCAGGUCUGAUUUUAAGGUCUUUAAAGUUUAAAGUGAAUUCAAGGGUGUGAAUCACAGAGGCACAGUGGAAGACUGCUCAAACUGAAACUGUACUUGGAAAAGCUGGAUGCCGAAUAAUGAAGUCCUAUUGUCACG